AGUCAGCACGCUCUGUGAAAUUUUCCUUUUCUAUUUCACAAGGAAUAUCUCUCGAUUCAGGUUUCAGUCUUUAUAACUGAUAUCAGAGAAGAGAAGAAAACUGCUACUCUGGGAUUAGAAGGUUAAAAACGGUGUAUUUUGCUUUCGUGUCCGGUAUCUGGAUUUCUUCUACGCACGCGUUCAAUUUUUUUUUGUGUUAGCUUCAGUGCUUCAGCAGUAGCCUAUAAUGCCUAAGAACAAAGGAAAGGGAGGAAAGAAUCGUCGGAGAGGAAAGAACGAGAACGACAACGAGAAGCGUGAGCUUACGUUCAAGGAAGAUGGACAGGAAUACGCCCAAGUGACCAAGAUGCUUGGAAACGGACGUCUUGAGGCCCAGUGCUUUGACGGUGAGAAGCGACUAGCACAUAUCCGAGGAAAGCUGCGCAAGAAGGUGUGGAUCAACCAGGGCGAUAUUAUUCUCCUGUCUCUUCGUGAGUUCCAGGAUGAUCACAGUGAUGUUAUUCUCAAGUACAACGCGGACGAAGCGCGAAGUCUGAAGAGUUACGGCGAGCUGCCCGAGACUGCGAAGAUCAACGAGACCGAUACUUAUGGUCACGAGGGUGAUGAGGAGUGCAACUUCGAGUUCGACAUUGACGAGAUCUAAAAGGAGCAAAGAGAGAAAAAGUGGACAAGAGUUUACUUAUCUUGUUUCACAGAUGAAGGCAGUGAUAAGGACAGGUUUUUUUGUUUAGUGUCGGCUGGUUGAUCGUCUGAAAAGGAAGGUGACUGGUUUUGAAUGCGUGGCAUAUAUUGUUUGUUCUUACGUUUUGUUCGUAUCGGGCGUUUGUUCUCAGUCCAAGUUUGUACGAUUUCCUGCGACUGAGCAUAUUGCUUUUAGUAAAUGCAUCAUACUGAAUAAAUAAAGAAUCUGCUCCUUCUUGAAUGAAUAAUGCAUAGAUUUCUAAAUCGGUCUGAUAUGUGCGGUUAGGGU